AUGAGCGAAGAAGGAAUUAAAAAUUAUUAUCAAGCCAAAAUUGAAGAGGCCGAGCUCUCAACCAAUGAAAAAACUCAGAAUUUGAGACGGCUUGAGGCCCAGAGGAAUGCUCUUAAUGCAAAGGUCCGACUGCUUAGGGAGGAAUUACAACUACUCCAGGAACCAGGGUCGUAUGUUGGUGAAGUUGUGAAGCUAAUGGGUAAAAAGAAAGUCCAUCCGGAAGGCAAAUACGUAGUUGAUAUAGCACCGGAUAUUGAAACUAAUCAAAUCACGGCUACGUGUCGGGUAGCUCUACGUAAUGAUUCAUAUACUUUGCACAAAAUUUUACCCAACAAAGUGGAUCCACUCGUAUCUUUGAUGAUGGUAGAAAAAGUACCUGAUUCAACAUACGAGAUGGUUGGUGGGUUGGACAAACAAAUUAAAGAGAUUAAGGAAGUCAUAGAAUUGCCUGUGAAGCACCCAGAAUUAUUUGAGAGUUUGGGCAUUGCACAGCCAAAAGGUGUAUUACUUUAUGGUCCACCUGGCACUGGAAAGACACUACUGGCUAGAGCCGUAGCACAUCAUACAGAUUGUAAAUUUAUCCGUGUCUCCGGCUCUGAAUUAGUACAGAAAUAUAUUGGAGAAGGCAGUCGAAUGGUCAGAGAAUUAUUCGUCAUGGCCAGAGAACACGCACCCUCUAUCAUAUUCAUGGACGAAAUUGACUCGAUCGGAUCAUCACGUAUAGAAUCGGGUUCAGGCGGAGGCGAUUCCGAAGUGCAGAGAACUAUGCUUGAAUUGCUUAACCAACUGGAUGGAUUUGAACCAACAAAAAACAUAAAGGUCAUUAUGGCUACCAACCGUAUCGAUAUUCUUGAUCCCGCACUGUUACGACCUGGUCGUAUCGAUAGAAAGAUAGAGUUUCCACCGCCGUCUGAAGCAGCACGCGCGGAUAUUCUUAAAAUCCAUUCACGGAAGAUGAACUUGACACGAGGCAUCAACCUACGCAAGAUCGCUGAGAAAAUGACUGGAUCAAGCGGUGCAGAAGUCAAGGCUGUAUGCACGGAGGCGGGAAUGUAUGCUCUCAGGGAACGCCGUGUACACGUUACUCAGGAGGACUUUGAAAUGGCUGUAGCAAAGGUUAUGAAGAAAGGCGAGGAGCAGAAUGAGAGUUUGCGUAAAUUAUGGAAAUGA